AUGGUCAAUAUCCCUCGAACACAGACGGCUGCUACCGUCCCGAAGCUUGGUGGCGGCGUUGUCUUUGAUCACAACUACCCGGUGCCGCAACCUAAGCACAACGAGGUCUUGGCCAAGGUGCUCUAUUCCGGCGUCUGUCAGAGCGACCUCCACACACAAGCCGGCGUAGCCGCUUCAGCCAACGGAACGCCAAUCACCAACGUCAAACUCCCUCACGUAGGAGGCCAUGAGGGCAUUGGCCGUAUCAUCGCCUUGGGCCCCGGGGUGGACGAAGACAUCAAGGUCGGCACAUAUGUCGGCAUCAGGUUUGCCAGUCGCAUCUGCCGGCGCUGCAGCUUCUGUCUGGCUGGCAAGGAACAGCAUUGCAUCAAGAGCACGAAUCAUCUGCACCACGAAGAUGGAAGCUUCCAAGAGUACAUUGCUUUGGAUGCUGGGUAUCUCACUAUCCUCCCUGAUGACAUCGAUCCUGUCGUCACUGGACCGGUUCUUUGUGCUGGAUUGACGACUUACAAGGCUGUCAUGAACUGCAACGUCAAAGCAGGAGACUCUGUUGUAGUUGUCGGGGCCGGCGGCGGAUUGGGCCAUCUCGCAGUCCAGUAUGCACAAGCACAAGGCGCCAUUGUCUACGCCGUAGAUGGCGGUGCCGAAAAAGGAGAGUUCCUAAAGUCACUUGGCGUAACCGGCUACGUCGACUUCACCACCACCCCCAAUCUCAUCGAGAAGGUCAAGGAAAUCACCGACGGCGGAGCGGAUGCAGUCAUCGUCACAGCGGCAAACGUGAAAGCCUUCUCCCAAGCUGCCGACAUGCUCGCCGUUGGCGGAACCCUCAGCUGCGUGGGCAUCCCUGCCGAGAGAGGCUACCUCGAGACUCCCAUCAGCACCAUCGUCAUCAAGGGCCUUCACAUCACCGGCAACUUGGUGGGAUCGCUCAAGGAAUGCUUGGAGGCGGUGGAUCUUGUGCGGAGAGGUAUCGUGAAGCCAAAGGUUACGGUUCGUCCGUUUGAGGAUCUGCCAAAGAUUUACGAGGAGCUGGAGAGGGGGGAUGUUUUGGGCCGGAUCGUGCUGAAGAUUGCAAAGGACGAGUGA